AGGCCGGGCAGGGAUGGAGAUGUUAGGCGAGCAGCAGCACGCUCCGUGUCGACAGAGAGGAAAACAAACCAUGAACACAUAAAGCGGCCGGAUAGAAAUGCGCUGUGGCGGGACCAGGGUGAUCAGAGCUGAGUGGUUGUCCCGCGAUGAGGCGUCGACCCCCGGACCCGUGUGGAUGGGGCGUGAGGGGCGCCUGGAUCCUGGCUGUGAGCGCCCUGAUCACCGCCGGAGGAGCCCCGCUGGACGUGGACCCAGAGGUUUUUCUUGAAAAGUAUGGCUACCUGCACGAGGACAACCACAUCCAUAAUGCAGUUGAGAUACAAGCAGCCAUUCGGGAGUUCCAGUGGCUGUCUCGCCUUCCCGUCACAGGUGAACUUGACAGCAUCACCCUGAGGCAGAUGGCGGAGCCCCGCUGUGGGGUCUCCGAUGAGGGCAGUCAGCAGGUGUGGGCUCAGAGGAUCGACACCAUCUUCACCGGGGAGCUCAGUGCUGCAGGCCAGCAUCGCAGAAAGAGAUCUGCUACACAAGUUGAGAAGUGGUACAAGCGUCACCUGACCUACCAGAUCGUGAACUGGCCUCGCCACCUGUCUCUGGGUUCUGUGCGGCUGGUGGUGCAAGCCGCCUUCCAGCUGUGGAGCAAUGUGUCAGGUCUGGUUUUCCAGGAGGUCCCUGAAGGACCCGCAGACAUCCGGCUGGCCUUUUAUGAGGGAGACCACAACGAUGGGGCUAGUAACGCCUUCGACGGACCAGGGGGAACUCUUGCUCAUGCCUUUCUGCCUCGCCGUGGAGAGGCCCACUUUGACAUGGCAGAGAGGUGGACGCUAAACGGACAUAAGGGACACAACCUGUUCAUGGUGACAGCCCAUGAGAUUGGACACACUCUGGGACUCGAACACUCGCCUGUCCGCCACGCUCUGAUGUCGCCGUACUACAGGAAACUCGGCCGCAGCCUGGUGCUGAGCUGGGACGACAUCAUCGCAGUGCAGCAGCUGUACGGUAAACCAUCAGGUGAUCGACCUGUGAGGCUGCCGGGUCAGGUUUUACACGCUGCUCUACAGGAGUGGGAGUUCACGGAGACCCACACAGGGCUUCACACCACAGGCCAACCUCUUUACUGCCAGGGCGUCUUUGAUGCCAUCACUAUGGACCAGAAUGACACAGUGCUGGUGUUUCGUGGCGGUGUGCACUGGAUGGUGUCAGCUGACGGUGUUGUGACUGGCCCGCUGCCGCUCCGUCAGCGCUGGCCUGACCUCCCUCCUGCCAUCGAAGCCGCCGCCUUCUCUCCACUCGACUCCAAGUUGUACUUUUUUAAAGGGAAAAGGAUGUGGCGCUACACGGGCGGUGCACUGGACCCAGGCUUCCCCAGAACAAGCACCGACAUGGGUCUGCCACGCCACCCUGACUGUGCUUUUUACUACGCCCCUCUCGGUCACAUGAUCCUCUUCAAAGGCUCUCGGUACUUCGUCCUGAACCUCAGAACCCUGCGCCAGGAGCCCUACUACCCCCGUAGACUUACAGACUGGAAAGGGGUGCCACAGGGGACCAACGGGGCGCUGACCCGCCCAGACGGACGCCUCUUCCUGUUCAGGGAGCAGCGGUUCUGGAGGUUUGACACAGUUAAGGUGCGAGUCACCAAAGAGGGGCAAUGGGCCACGGAUCUGAGCUGGACUGGUUGUAGUAACACUCUCCAGAGCAAUGACAUCCUUUGACCAGCAGAGGGAGCUGUAGGCUUCAGAUAAAGUGCACUUUGUUGUAUACAAUGGUCCAAACAAGCAAUUACUCCUUUAGUUAAGUUUAAAGGUUACACAAAUAAGCCCACUUUAUUUGAGGCAUGUAAAGUUAAAGUUUUCAUGACAGAGCAUUUAAUAUUAUUAACAUUAAUUCAUUGAUUAAUUUUAUUAUAUUGUGCAAUUAUGUUGUCAUUCAUAGUUUGGAUUUUGACAGAACUGAGCACUCUGUAGUAAACAAGUACUAUUUUAGGCUGGAACAACAGCUUAAGUCUUUUUUUUUUUUUUUUGCUUGUAUCAUUUGCACAAUGACAGAAAACCAGAUAUGCCAUUCUGCUCUCAUCUGAUAUUUGUAAGAUAUUGUAAAAAUAAC